UGUGACCUGGCGCCUCCUACGAUAAUCGUCCAGUCUCUUGACAAGAAUCCAACUUGAUGGCAACAAAAGGCACAAGACGGCAACUGAUUGGAUGACCCAUUCGCCGAAAGCCAGUCAGCCGAACGAAACAGAAUUAGCGUGAUUGCAUUGCAUUGCAUGGCUUCAACCUCUGUGGAAAACAAAGACGGCCAGCGCCUACUCAGAUGGCACUAUAACCGAGGGCUAGAUGUCCAAGGAUCAAAUUCAGAGCAGCUGGCACUGUUCUUCUUUCCUUAAGCUUCCUCACUGAAGACAUCUGCGGAAAAAUAGCAACUCUCGGUCAAGCAUGUCCGUACCGCAAACCAACCUCCGGCCCAUCAGCCGCUUCGUAACAGGCCACAACAAAGCCACCGGGGCGUCCGUUUUCGAAGCCCUUUCAGUGCCAGAAACUCCUCCAAUUUCAAGUUAUCCUGGCGGCAUGCAAAUUGCGUUAUACUACGCCACCUCUGGCUUUCCUGUCGACUUGAGUGUCGAUCGCGACAUCGAGGUAUACGAGAACAUAACUAAAAAUCCUCCUGGGAUCGUAGUCCCAGAUGGAUCCGCCGCCCGAGUCAUAGACUUCCCUCCAGGUUAUGAAUCUCCCAUGCAUCGAAGCAUGAGCCUAAAUUACAACUUUGUCAUCGAGGGGGAAGUCGAGGUCAUCUUGGACUCCGGCGAAAGCAGAACCUUGAAACGAGGAGAUGGACUGGUGCAGCGAGCGAUAAAUCACUCCUGGCGAAACACGAGCCAAACUGAGUGGGCCCGAAUCACGGCAGUAGUAUUACCUAUCCAUGACUUUCAGGUUGCGGGACAGAACGUCGAAGCGAAUCUGCCAUCUCGACAUGAAUAGGAUCAACUUUGAGCAUCAUGUGAUAUAAAAU